GGCGACAGAGCGAAGUGUGCUUCCAGUGUCUCAAAUCUUCAGCAUGCCUACUAACUACUUGAGAUUUAGUCGGCGACUUGACUAAGCGCUUGUACUCAACUUCUUCAAAGCAUAUGUCUCUUUGGACUUAACUCUCAGUCUCGAGUGUUUCAGCAUCAUCGCUUCUGUUACUGUCAGAUGGAGAAACCCGCUUCGCGCCUCACAGGUUCUUCUCUCUGGAAAACACUUCAGUUGGCUUCUGGGCAAGACCACGGCAUGUAGUGUUGUACUACAAUUUUGCGUGAAGACCUCCAGCGGUUAUUAAGGGACGUUUGUGAUAUGGAAGUAAUUCAGAAACUCUGUCAUGUCUUGACUGCAGCAAACAGUCCCGGGGAAGAAUGAAGUAAGCGCGAUGGAGCCGGACAAUACCCCGAGCUCCAGACUCAGAGCAGCUGGGGUCGGGGGGAGAGCUGUGUUUUUCUGCAUGGUUCUUUACUGUACAUGCUGUUUGAGGCUUGCACAAGCACAAUCUGCAGAUGUGGAUGUGCUGCACAGACUGGGACUGGUUGGGAAAAGACCACCUCAAGGCUUCAUCCCCAUUAAUUCAGGAGUCAUCCUAACAACAAGGGCGCGAAUUGACGUCCCGGUGAGCUCUGUCAUUCCUGCAUCACUGGGCUUGACGUUCUCUAUCAUCCUCAGCGUGUGUUCGCAUCGCAUAAACAAUGCUUUUCUUUUCACCAUUGUGACAAAGAGGAAAAGACUGCAGCUAGGGGUGCAGUUCAUCCCUGGACAGAUAUUAGUCUACCUGGGCCAAAGGAACUCUGUGAAUUUUGAUUUCGAUGUUCACAAUGGCCAGUGGCACAACCUGGCUUUGGAAAUCCAACCCCAAAAGGUUACUUUAUAUACUUCAUGUGGGAAUACAAGUGCACAGGCAAAUCUUGAUUUUCAAAAUGAGGAAACGCUGGAUCCAGAGGGCUUCUUUCGCUUGGGAAAAAUGAGCCAGAACUCAGUGCAGUUCGAAGGAGCUAUCUGCCAGUUUGACAUUCAUCCCUCUGCUCAGGCAGCUCACAAUUAUUGCAAGUACAUUAAAAAACAAUGCAGGGAAGCUGAUACUUAUCGGCCAAGCCUUCCUCCUCUUCUACCACUAUUACCCCUGGACCGUAAUACAUCUACCAUUCAGACCCCUAAAGUUGUAACAGAUAUCAAUGAAAGACAUCUUUCACAAACAGGAGAUGAGAUUAAUAUUAAUCAUGAAGGCCAAACCACUUUGCCACCAACGAUAACCCAGUCCACACUACAGCUCCCCCUGCAGGCCACAGCGCAAACUAAUGUCGCCUCUAUUAGGAAUAGGACUUCACAAAUAUCUCCAAAGCCAACUCAACAAAACAGAUCCAGGAAGAAAGCAAAAAAAGAACGUAAAAAGUCCCACAUUUUAAAAGAGAACCAUAUUUCUGUCACUGACAAUCCAACAAGUCAACAGAUAAACAAACUAGAUAUUCCGACCACAACAACACCUGAACUUUCUAGUACAUUCAGGGUGUCAGAGAUGACAACAUUAGCAGCACAGAGACCUCUGCCAAAGGAAACCUCCUUUUUUGAAGCCAAAGCCACCUUGUUUGAAUCUGUAACCCCUGCAGCUAUGGAUGGUUUGCAAACGUUUGACCUGGAACCGACCCAGUAUUCCCUCUUGGAGAUAUCUGGACUGAAAGGAGAACCCGGAUUACCGGGACCACCAGGACCUCCGGGCCAGCCAGGAUUACCGGGAAAGAGAGGUCCACGGGGUCCCUCUGGUCCACAUGGAAAACCAGGACCCCCAGGGACUCCUGGAUCCAAGGGGAAAAAGGGAAAUCCUGGAAUCUCACCUGGCAGAGCACCAAGUGGAAUAAAGGGCGACCCUGGAUUAGUAGGUCUACCCGGACAUCCCGGUCAACCCAGUCGUAAAGGACAGAAAGGCCAUCCUGGUCCCUCUGGCCACCCUGGAGACCAAGGUGAAAGAGGACCGGAUGGAAGUCCAGGUGCCAAAGGUUAUCCUGGCAGGCAGGGUUUACCUGGACCUAUAGGAAAUAUGGGACCAAAAGGUAUACAGGGCUUCAUUGGAAUCCCAGGCAUCUUCGGUUUCCCUGGAGCUGACGGAGAAAGAGGUUUACCUGGUGUUCCUGGGAAGAAGGGCAAGAUGGGUAGGCCGGGCUUUCCAGGAGAUUUUGGGGAGCGAGGACCACCAGGACCUGAUGGAAACCCAGGGGAGAUUGGCGCCCCUGGGCCUGUUGGCAUCCCUGGAUUUAUUGGUGAUAUGGGCCCUGUUGGAAUUGUGGGACCUCCUGGACUAAUAGGACCAAAGGGUGUCCCAGGAAACCCAGGAGAGCCCGGACUGAAAGGUGAUAAGGGUGAACUCGGAUUGCCAGGUGAACCCGGAGAACCUGGAUUUCAAGGUGACAAGGGUAUUCAGGGCUCACCGGGUUUACCAGGAAUUCAAGGAAAGCCGGGACCACAGGGGAAGAUUGGAGAUCGAGGUCCAGACGGUUUACCCGGCCCAAUUGGUCCUGAGGGUUUUCCAGGGGAUAUUGGACCACCAGGGCAGAAUGGUGUUGAGGGCCCAAAGGGGAAUGCAGGAGUGAGAGGCAUUCCAGGCCCUGGAGGACUUCCUGGACUCGAGGGAGAUCAGGGACCAGUAGGACCAGCAGGGCCUCCAGGACUAGAGGGCAGACCUGGGAGGAAAGGUUUCUCUGGCAAUCCAGGGGAGGAUGGGAUGAAGGGAGAGCCUGGAAUGACUGGAAAUCCCGGGAUGCUUGGUGAGAGGGGUCCUGUUGGUUUCGUUGGGCCUCUUGGUGAGGUGGGACUGGCUGGAGAAAAGGGAGAUCGUGGUGAGACAGGUCAGCCUGGGCCACCUGGAGAAAAGGGAGCGAUGGGUCACCCAGGAGCUCCAGGAGAGAGAGGCCCGUCUGGACCAGCAGGUGCACCAGGGCCUCAUGGAUCCAGGGGCCUCAGCGGCACCAGGGGGCCUAAAGGCACAAGGGGUGCGAGGGGACCAGAUGGACCAGUUGGAGAGAAAGGAAUGAUGGGAAUAAAGGGUCCUGAAGGCCCACCAGGAAAACAAGGUUUAAGCGGACAAAUGGGUAAAAUUGGGGAAACUGGUGAAGCAGGACCAGCCGGAUUUACUGGUGUUCAAGGACCAACUGGACCUCCUGGACUAAAAGGCAUCUUAGGAGAACCUGGUCCUCAAGGCCCACCGGGAGUGUUGGGUCCAUUGGGUGAGAUUGGAGCAAUGGGUUUACCUGGGAAGAUUGGCGAUCAGGGCUUACCGGGAGAACCAGGAGAGAAGGGUGCAGUUGGAUCUCCUGGGAGUGCUGGAGAGCAAGGCCUGAUUGGACCUCGAGGUGACCCUGGAGUCGAUGGAGAAGCUGGUCCAAGUGGUCCCGAUGGAACCAAGGGUGAAAAGGGGGAUGUUGGAUUGGAGGGAGAACCAGGCGAAAAAGGAGCCAUCGGAUUUAAAGGAACAGAAGGACGUACUGGUGAUCCUGGAUUAUUAGGUGUCAAGGGCCCUGAAGGCAAACCGGGGAAAAUUGGUGAGAGGGGAAAACCUGGAGAGAAGGGCAGCAAAGGUCAUCAAGGUCAUCUUGGUGAGAUGGGUGCUUUGGGUGAGCAAGGUGACAUGGGUUUCAUCGGGCCAAAGGGAAGCAGAGGAACUACUGGAUUUAUGGGUGCUCCGGGAAAAAUGGGUCAGCACGGAGAGCCAGGUUUAAUAGGAUAUGAAGGUCAUCAAGGACCACAAGGUUCAUUGGGAUCCCCGGGACCAAGAGGUGAAAAGGGAGAGCAUGGAGAUGACGGGAAGGUUGAAGGUCCACCUGGUCCUUCUGGUGACAUCGGACCUGUUGGCAACAGAGGAGAACGAGGAGAACCUGGUGACCCUGGAUACCCAGGUCAUGAAGGUGUUCAAGGAGAAAGAGGAAAAGAGGGGGCUCCUGGAGUCCCUGGAAAUUCAGGGCCAAGAGGUUUUCCAGGGCCAAAAGGAUCCAAAGGCAAUAAAGGUCCAAAAGGCAAAAACAGUCCUCGUGGUGAAUCUGGAAACCGAGGCUCUCCUGGUCCUGUUGGUGUUUCUGGGCCCAGAGGGGUUAUCGGUCGAGAGGGUUUUGAGGGGGAUCCUGGACUGGAUGGAGCUGCUGGGAAAGAUGGAGCUAAAGGAAUGCCAGGUGAUCUUGGAAGUGAUGGGGAUGAUGGGCUGCCUGGAAAACCGGGUUCUCAAGGAAAUGCAGGAGCACCAGGUCUACCAGGAGUUCAAGGCUCUUUUGGGCCAAAGGGUGAAAGGGGCAUUCCUGGCCAAACUGGACCUCCAGGCAAUAGAGGAUUGAAUGGAGGAAUGGGGUUUCCUGGAAAACAAGGCGACCGAGGCUUCAAAGGACAACCUGGUGAUGCUGGUGAACAGGGAUUUCCUGGAGUUUUUGGAAUAUUUGGACCACAGGGGCCGCCUGGAGACUUCGGUCCAGUGGGUGUGCAGGGUCCAAAGGGUCCUCAGGGUUUAAUGGGGAUGCAAGGAGCCAUCGGACCCAUUGGGAUCAUUGGGCCGAGUGGUAACCCAGGACCGCAAGGUGACAAAGGAAACAAAGGGGAAAUGGGUGUUCAGGGACCCAGGGGGCCUCCGGGUCCUCGUGGACCACCAGGACCUCCAGGGCUUCCUGCUGUAGCCUUCUCUCAUGAAAAUGAGGCCCUUGGUGCUGCUUUACAUGUUUUUGAUUCCCGCUCCACAUUAAGACCUGAAAUGUAUCAGGAUACUGAUUUUCCACUGCUGGAUCAAGGAAGCGAGAUUUUUAAGACUCUUCACUACCUCAGCAUCCUGAUCCACAGUAUCAAAAACCCAUUAGGAACGCAGGAGAAUCCAGCCAGAAUGUGCAGGGAUCUGCUUGAAUGCGAGCACAGGUUAAAUGAUGGCACUUAUUGGAUAGAUCCUAACCUGGGCUGCUCCUCUGACAACAUUGAAGUGACCUGCAGCUUCACCAGUGGAGGUCAAACCUGUCUUAAGCCAGUCACUGCAUCCAAGCUGGAGAUUGGAGUGAGUCUGAUCCAAAUGAACUUCAUCCACCUCCUGAGUUCUGAAGCUGUGCAGAUCAUCACUGUUCACUGUCUGAACAUCUCUGUUUGGUCAUCAGAGGACUCCAAAACACCUUCUUCCAGCACGGUAUACUUUAAAGCCUGGAAUGGACAGAUAAUUGAGUCUGGAGGAUUCAUCGAGCCUGAUUUGCUGAAGGAUGAGUGCUGGAUCACAGAUGGCAGAUGGCAUCAAACACAGUUCAUUUUCCGGACGCAGGACCCAAACUUACUCCCCAUUGUGGAGAUCUACAACUUGCCCAGCACUAAACCUGGCUCACAUUAUCACCUUGAGGUGGGCCCUGUGUGCUUUUUAUAAGGAGAAAACACAACUGAGGCCUUAAAAUCCCUGAUCGAUAGCAUCCAAGAGCUUCUGUGUUGCCAACAAAGCUGUACUGAGUUCAGUACACCACGUCUCAAACCUGUACUGAAGCCUUUAAACAGGAGGAACCAGGAAUCCAGAGCCGCUUUGGAAAAAAGACUUCCUACAUGAACCGCUCAGGAGGACAUUUGCUUUUUUUUCAGAGCUAAGUUUCUCCUGCUUUUUUGAAAAACUCUGAUAGUCUUAAUUUAUUCAUGGGUGAGGUUUUCCGCACAUGAUCCACGUGGACAAGCUAUGCGGAACAUUUAAGACGUUUGUAAUGAAGUACUUAUUUUGUAUUCUACAGAUAUACACGAUCAUGCAUAUUAUUUAUACAUGUUUGUGUGUGUGUGUGUAUAUUUUCUGUAAAGUGCAAUAGAGGAUGAACAGAUAGUUUUUUAUAAAUGAAUCUUGCUUUUGGCUGUUUAAUGUUAGUGAUGUUUACUGUCACUCAUAUCAUUUGAUUCAGGUUUAAUUAUUAGCCGAAGCCGAAGCUCAUUGACAGUAUGUGCCUCAGCCUACAUUAAAUACGUUGCUCCGCAUACGUUUUGUUGUACAUUUCAGAUGACAAAACCAUCAGAGGGCGCUGUCUAUGGUUUUGUGAAUCUAAAAUAUGUUACUUGGGGUACGUUUUCUGCACGUUUUAAGAUGGGACUUGUCAUACCGAUCACAUAGCAAACCACUGACCAAUAGUGGCGUGAGAGAAAAGAUAUAACAUACCUAAAAAAUAAGCUAUAUCAAGGUGUGAACAUUUAUACUUUAAAGAAACACUCCACAUUUUUAGUCACCUAGCAUUAAAAAUUUGACUUUUUUACCAUUUUUGAAUCCAUUCAGCCAAUCUCCAGUUCUAACAGGAGCACUUUUAGCUUAGCAUAGAUCAUUGAAUCAGAUUAGACCAUUAGCAUCUCAUUAACGUAUAACCACUUUUGAUCAUUUUUCAGCCUACAUUACAUACGUUGCUCUGGAUACGUUUUGCUGUAUGUUUCAGAUGACAAAACCACUAGAGGGCGCUGUCUACGGUUUGUGAAUCUGAAAUGCGUUACUUGGGCUAUGCUUUCUACAUGUUCUAAAACUGGACUUAAGUUGUACAGAUCACCUAGCGAACCACUGACCUAAACCCAACCAAUAGUGCUGUAACUAACAAACGAAAGAGAAAAGAUGUAAGAUCUAAAAAAACUAUAUCAAGGUGCGAACAUUUAUACUUUAAAGGAGCACUCCACUUAUUUUUAAUAAUCUCAUUUUACAAGUCAUCCAGCAUUAAACAGUUGAGUUUUAUCAUUUUUGAAUCCAUUCAGCCGAUCUCCAGCUCUGACAGGACUUUUAGCUUAGCUUAGCAUAGAUCAUUGAAUCAGAUUAGACCAUUAGCAUCCCACUCAAAUAUGACCACUUUUGAUAAUUUUUCAGCCUACAUGAAAUACAUUGCUCUGGAUAAGUUUUGUUGUACGUUUCAGAUGACAAAACCACUAGAGGGCGAUGUAUACAGUUUUGUGAAUCUGAAAUACAUUACUUAGGGUACGUUUUCUACACGUUCUAAGAUGAGACUUCAGUCGUACAGAUCACCUAGCAAAUCACUGACCUAAACCCAACCAAUAGUGUUUUCAGAAACAAACACGAGAGAAAAGAUAUAACAAAUCUUUAAAAGCUAUAUCAAGAUGCGAACAUUUAUACCUUAAAGGAACACUUCACUUCUUUAGUCACUUAGCAUUAAACAUUUGACUUUUAUCAAUUUUAAAUCCAUUCAGCCGAUGUCUGGGUCUAACAGGAAAAUUUUUUGCUUAGCUUAGCAUAGAUCAUUGAAUCAGGUUAGACCAUUAGCAUGAAAAAAAUAACCACUUUUGAUAGUUUUUUAGCCUACGUUUAAGUGUUAUUGUACGUUUCAGAUAACAAAACCACUAGAGGGUGUUGUAUAUUGUUGUGAAUCUGAAAUACGUUACUUGGGGUACAUUUUCUACACUUUCUAAGAUGGGAUUCAGUCGUUCAGAUCACCUAAGAAACCACUGACCUAAACCCAACCAAUAGUGUUUUCAUAAACGAACAUAGCAGAAAAGACUUAGCAUAGAUCCUUGAAUCAGAUUAGACCAUUAGCAU